UAGUCGAGAGGGCGGCAGUGCCGAGGCAGUGCACUUUUCGGGCUUGUCAUAAUACGCGAACGUAACCUGAAAGCAUUCCCGGGCGGAUAUUUAUCGAGGGCAUGCCCCUCGUUCGCCGAGGGUGAUCGCGCGAGGUUUCGAGCUGUCGAGAGGAACCGAGAAUGAAGUAUUCCACCUCGCCGCCGACGAGCCGGUGCCACUCGCCCGUGCCGACGGAAUUUUCGUCCUCGUUGCCGACGCCGAUCGUUUACAGGCACAACUGCAUGGGCGCGGCGACCAAGUGCUACAAAUAUCUGAGAAAACUACUCAAGUUCGAGCAGAUGGAUUUUGAGUUCGCCGUCUGGCAGAUGAUCUUUCUGUUCGUGGCGCCGCAGAAAGUGUACAGGAACUUCCAGAACCGAAAGCAGACCAAGUCGCAGUUCGCGCGGGACGACCCGGCGUUUCUAGUGCUGGUUACAUGCUGCAUCUGCAUAUCCACCGUUGGUCUCGCCAUAGUACUGAGUUUACGAUUCUUCCAGUUUGUAAAGUUGUUAUUUUAUAUGGUGUUCGUCGAUUACAUAGCCGCUGGAUUGUUAACAGCGACGUUACUUUGGUUUAUAAGCAAUCGCUACUUUAGGAUAGACAGGACGCAAGACGUCGAGUGGGGCUACGCGUUCGACAUCCACUUGAACGCAGUCUUUCCUCCGCUAAUCAUACUUCACAUCUUGCAGUUAUUUGUGUACAAUGCUUUCAUAAACAACGACACGUUCUCGGCGCGAUUUCUUGGGAACACCUUUUGGUUUCUAGCCACGAUCUAUUACAUUUACAUCACGUUUCUCGGCUACGCGAAUAUCGAGAUACUCCAUAAAACGCAUCUGAUAUUGUCGACUCUACCCGUAAUGCUGCUUAUGUACAUUACCACGUUAUGCGCCGGUAUCAAUAUAAGUUAUUUAGUCAUGGAAUUCUAUCGUUAUCGGGCCCUGUGAGGCAUCGGAUCUUUGUCGAGCGCGUAUGAAAUUGGAAUAACAACCUAGCCGCAUAGAAUCCCUCUAAUCUGGAGUCUACAAGGGAAAGACUUCUACUUUGGAGUCUUCUCGAUCCUCGCUCUUAAUUUACGUGCUCCGUUGCUUGCUUCCUUGUUCUACGAUGUUAAACAGCGGAGCAGGGAAAAUUCUAAGAGAAUUUCAUUAUAGAAUGGAGCAUCACUCUAAGACUCUUUAGGGCCAGUUUCACAAACGUUGGUUAACUGUUAACCAGAGUUCAGUCAACGCCCUAUCUUUUUCUA